AUGGAUAAAUUUCAUGAAAGUUCCGAUGAGAGUGCUAUAUCUUCACUGGUGACACCCUAUCGACGAAAUAGUUAUCAAAUGGCUGUACAUGCAUCACAUAGAAAAAUUUCACAAAUAUCAAAUAAUCAAAAUCAUGUUUUCUCAUCAACAAAAAAGUUAAAUCAAACAACGUCACGUUCACUCUAUUUUAUUGAUACUAAAAUGCAUAUGUUUAAUGAUUCAGUUGAAAAAUUACCAUCACAUGGCAUCUUAAAACCAAGUUAUAGUGAACCAAUUGAUAGUUUUUCCUAUAAUGAUUUACUUUUGGAAAAUACCAGUGAAUUUUUAGAUUCACCAUUACAUGUUCUUCGUUCAUCAACACGUUGUUUAUCUACUCAUGAUAAAGAGAACGAUAUCGAUUUUGUUAGCGAUACAGAUCUCACUAUAUCUAGCACAACAAAGUCAACCUAUUAUCAUUUAAUUAUAAUGCGUGCAAUUGCAUCAACAUUAGCAUUAUCUGGUCUUGUAUGUACAGAAACAUUACAAACGACAAUUUAUUCUAUUCACACUAGUAUCUAUUCAUUGAUAUCAUUUCAUUUAUCUAUUAUAAUUAGUUCAAUUUUAAUUUCAUAUCAUGUUCAUUAUAUCAAAACAAAAUCAUCAACUUUUACAAUAUCGAAAAUAAUUAAUUUUGAUCGAUGUUCACAAAUAUCCAUUAUUCUUUGUACAUUUUUCACUAGUGCAUGGAUUACAGCAAAUUAUCAAACAAAUUUUAAUUUACUUUUAAUUGGUGCCAUUAUAAGUGGAUUUAGUGUGAGUUUAAUGAAAAUAAAAACAUACGAAAAUCUUUUACAAUGGGGUGCAUCAAUGACCAUUGAUGAAUGUCAAAAAAAAGUUCGACCAAAUUCUUGUACAACUGAUAUUUAUAACAAUUGGUUAAAAAUACGUACUUCAACAUUAACGACAUUUGUAUUUAUCUAUCAUAUUCUUUGUCAAUUAGCAUUAGUUAUUGGUUGUGUCGUGUUGUUUGUUGUUGUUACAUUUCAAGAAUGGAGAAGAAAUUAUAUUUUAGUGGCAUAUUAUCCGUGUUUAGUUAAGAAAUGUACCAGCGAUGACACUUUAGCUUCACCAUUGAAUAUGACCAUUUAUAAUAAUGAUAAAAAACAAGAAUGGCAAUCUGAACCUGAUCGAUACAUAUUUUUAAUAUCUUUAUUAAUAUUUACAAUGAUAAGUUUACUUCCACAGGCAGCUGUCAAUUGGUCAUCAUUACAAACAAUUUAUAACUGUGAAAAUCGUAUUGAAAAUAAUCAAAAUAUUUUUCAAUAUCAUGCACGUGCGCAUUUUUUGGUCUAUAUUCUUUUAUUUUUUAUCGGAUUUCAAGAAGCUUAUGUGUAUGGAAGUAUGACAAAGUUUUGUGUUUCUUGUUUAUAUGGUAUAAAACAUUUAAUUGAAACAUUGAUUUUAUAUGGAAUUGGUUUGACUGUUUCAAAUCGUUAUUUUAUUAGUGACGUUAUUACAUAG